GUCGCGAAGCCGCCCAAGGCCAAGGCUGGCCCCAAGGGGAAGGCGCAGGCCGAUGGGCCCGUCAACGAGUGGGGCGACGUCGAUCCCAAGUUUUGCUCGGCCUGCAAACAGAACACUCACGAGAUCGACAGGGACAGCCCCCCGAGCGACCCGUACUACUUGAAGUGGAGCAAAACUUAUUGGAGGAGUGACGGCACCUGCUUGCCUGCUGGCGAAGAAUGCACCAAGUGCUUCGGCACCAGGAGGAGGUAUUUCCUUGAGAGCUUGAAGGACCUCACCAAUGAGAGGGAGAAUAACAAGGACUUGGACGACCACUACUACGCCCUCAGGCGCGACCGAGCCUCAGGAGGAACCGAGUACAGUCACCUGCAAAAGAUGGUUGCCAGCAGCCACGUGGUAAAGAAUGAAAGCGUGUAUGGCGACACGUACGUCGAGGGCACGUGGAUGGAGCUGUGGGAGUUCGCGCGCGCCCGUAACAUCCAGGGGUUCCAGCGCGGCGAGGAGGACCAGCUGAGCGAGUUCAUCCAGCAGAAGUGGCCCGACUUUGACAUCGCACCCGACGGGUGCGGAACGCUAGGACGUCACGUUGUUGCAAUGCCCGCUCAUCCGUUCGAAACCAUUUCCAGGAUAUCCCAGGCACGGGGCUCGAGCACAGGGGCAGGCUCUCUGGGGCGGUCCAGGUUUCCAUCGUGGCCUUCGUUCGAUGGGCUGCCAGGGUUCGCCAGGGGCGGGGAUGGGCGGAUUAUCGAAGCAACAUGUGACGUCCCAGCAGGAGUUGAGAUCCCAGACCAUGGGCCUGGCCACAAGAGGUUCAGGCGCGGCACGAAGACCUCAGCAGACCUCGAGCGCCGCGAGGAUCACGCCGACAAGGGCAUUGCGAGGGAGUCCAUGGAGCACGCCAAGGCGCAGGUCCUCGGCACCAGGCCGCCGUCAGCUUCUCCGAUCGCGUCAGGUGAUUGGGGUCGGGCGGCCGCGGCAGAGGAGGAACUGGCAGACUCCGACGCCGAAGGUUCCGCGGCGUGGACGGCGGGCAGCAACGCUUCCAACAGCCAUAAGUUCUCCACCCCAGAGGCGCUGAGGAUGCCUUCCCACAAGAGGCAGCUUUCGGCGGACAAGCGGGUCGCCAGCGAUGAGCACCCACUUAGCAAGAAAUUCCAGUGCGACCAGGAGCGCGAUCGCGCUUUUCGAAGCGGUGCUUCGGCAGCUGGGAGCCGCAGGGGCUCGAGAUCGCCUGACGGAGGAGGCAAGAGUUUGGAGAAGCGCAAGACGGCCGCCAGCGGAACCGUUGCGGCUGCCAACGAGGUCCUCGCCAUUGCGUCGUCGAAGUGGUCCUUUCGGCAGCACUGGGAGGGAAGGCUCCGCAAGCGCGAGUCCGACGCCUUCCUGACGAGGCUCAACACCCACGGCCGCAAGUGCGGCAACGUCCUGGCCAACGCGGAGGCUGCCGACGUCAGCACGCAGCUGUUCAACGCGCGCGAACUCUUGGAGAAGAGGAGCAGCCUCUUCGAGAGUUUGCGGGGCAACUUCGUGAAGUUUGCCAUGGAGGACAUGUCCCAGGAUCACGUCGAUGCUCUGAAGGGCGCGCCCAUCGACCUCCUCGGCACCAUUAUCACUUCUGAGUUGAACCAGGCCUUGAAUUCAAUGUGCGCUGCCCCUGGUGCCAGGUGCGACGUCGUGACCGCCUUCGGGAGCGUCGCAGAUGCGAAGCCACGUUCGCAGAGAUUCAGCGUCGGAUUGCUUGCUAAGGACCAGUCGAUAGCGUCGGAGUGCCAGAAGGGUCUUGUGCUGAGCUUGGCCGAGAGGCUGUGGAAGCACAGCGAUGCGAAUUGGAUCGUCCGUUGCUGCCAGUUGCUAUCGGAACUUGUGGGCGAUUGCGUCGUGGACGCCAGGGAGAUUGCCGAAGAUGGGGACGCUCUCGAUGAUGAAUCCUGGUUCGCUCAGCCGAAGAUCGACAUGUGCUGCAUCCUUCUGAUGGGGAAAUGCCUCGAAGCCAGCCUUUCCGAAUCGACGCUGCCCCGCGACACGGUCUCCAAGAUCUGCGCCAUGGUGGAGUGCAAGAAUAGACUGAGCCCCCGUCUGCGAGCUCACUUUCGCCAAAUUUGCGGCGCUCAGGUGCAGCAUGGGCGCCAAGCUUGGGAUCGCAUGCUGCAGAUUCAUGCUGAGGCCAAGGAGAUGACCGACAAAUGUAAGCACAUCGACGCCGAGAAGAUGCAGCAGGUGAAGGGCACGCUGGAGACCGCGCUCGCGCUCGAGGUGGGCUCCUGGGACGCCUGCUACGAGGCCGUUGUCGACGUCUACAACGACCACAAGGACCUGCUGGAUGCGCUCGGGUCUGUCUACUGCAACUCCGAGGGCUCGGCUGAGGCCGACGACAAAGGCGAUGCUGCCAAGAGGAAGAUGACUGAGGAUAUUGCAUCGGCCUUGCUCCGCGUAUUCGACUUGUCAAUGGCCAAUGCCAAUGCAGUGAUGGAGGCCCAUUCUAGACUCCACUCUUUUGCCAGGUCGGCAGCUGUCGAAUGCCAGACCCCGUCUUCGCAGGACGAGCAGUUCGACUGUGAGGAUCUAAGGUGGAUUGGCUCACUUAUCGAUAUGAUCGUGACCGUCUGGCCGAACAAGCCCGCGCUUCUUGCGUACGUCCAGCAGAAGAUUCGCAUAUUGAUCGACCUGUGCUCCAUCGCGUCGCCUGCGGCGGGCUCGACGGCCAAGUUCAGUGACGCGCUGGCGGCGUUCUCAAAGGUGCUGCAGAGGGAGAUUUCUCUCAAGGUAGGGGCCAUGUCGCCCGCGAACAUGGCGUGGGAUCGCUCUGAGGGCAAGGGCUUGAUCACUAUCGCCAAGCAGCUGGACGACGUGACGAGCCUUGGUGAUAUCAUGAUGUCAUAUAUGGUCACCUUCGUGGCUGCAGACCCAGCCAAACACAAGGAUAUCGGGCAGUUGCUGAACUCGGGCAGCGUUCUUCCGUCUGGAGCUGGGGACCUGGCGAAGGGUGGCAUCGCGCUGCAGAUGUGCGCCGAUACCGUCAUCAAGAUUACCUCUGGCAAGUUCGCGGGCGGAUUGGUCGAGGUUUCCAACGUCCUCCGCGAUCUGAACCAUGCAAAAUCAAAGUGCCCCGAGUUGUUCCAACGGUACGCGUCUUUCGACGAUAAGUGGAAGUUGAUCAUGGGUGAGUGGACGCGUCUGUGCGAUUCCAUGGAGGCCAAGGCAAAGGUGCUGGACAUCACGGACUCGUUCGUCAAGGACUUCGGCAAGAUCAAGCAUGCCAUCACCACCUGGGACUUUUCAGGCACGCCGUGGAGCAGCGUGGAUGACGCUACAAAGGCCGCCACCAUGCGGCAGAUCGACGGGCUCGUCGUUCAGUACCCGACCUGGAAGAACACAGCGGAGACCGUCAGCACGAUCAUGAGUUUCGCGAAGGGCGGCGUCUACGAGAGGGUUCGGGCGUUCGUCGACCGCCUGGUGGAGCACCAGGCGAUCUUGAAAGAGACGGCCGAGAUCGCUGCCAUGAACGUCGUGACAUCUGCCGUGGUGAAACACAUGGCGGACCCUCACGCAGGGAAGAACGAGGGCAAGGGCGCUAAGAAUCCAGUCGGCUCUGCACUCAAGUACACGCAGAACUUCCUGAAGGUCGGCCUCGACAAGCUGCCCGUCGAGCUCCGCAGCAACGCGCAGGCUGCCUAG